AUGGCGUCCCUCCUCAAGAAACCAUUGAAACUGGCCCUGGUUCAAUUAGCCUCAGGCGCCGAUAAGGCAUUGAACCUCGCACAUGCUCGUACCAAGGUCCUUGAGGCCGCCAAAGCUGGCGCCUCUCUGAUCGUCCUCCCCGAGUGCUUCAACUCGCCCUACGGUACCCAGUUCUUCCCCAAGUACGCCGAGACGCUGCUCCCUUCGCCACCCACCCAGGAGCAGUCCCCCUCCUACCAUGCGCUUUCGUCCAUCGCCGCUGAAGCAAAGGCCUACCUGAUCGGCGGAAGCAUUCCUGAGCUCGAACCGACCACGAAAAAAUACUACAACACAUCGCUGGUGUUCUCCCCCACCGGUGCCCUUAUUGGAACGCACCGCAAGACCCACCUCUUCGACAUUGACAUUCCCGGCAAGAUCACCUUCAAGGAGAGCGAGGUGCUUUCUCCUGGUAACCAGCUGACGGUCGUGGACUUGCCGGAUUACGGCAAUAUCGGACUGGCGAUCUGCUACGAUAUCCGCUUCCCGGAGGCGGGUAUGAUCGCGGCGCGGAAGGGGGCCUUCAUGCUUGUCUAUCCGGGUGCGUUCAACACCACCACGGGCCCGCUGCACUGGUCACUGUUGGCUCGUGCCCGUGCCGUGGAUAACCAGGUGUAUGUGGCUCUGUGCAGUCCCGCCAGAGACAUGAGUGCUACAUAUCAUGCCUAUGGUCACAGCUUGAUCGCGGACCCUAGCGCCAAUGUGCUGGCCGAGACCGAGGAAAAGGAGGACAUAAUCUACGCGGACCUGGAUAACGAGACGAUCCAGAACACGAGGAAGGGGAUUCCCAUUUAUACCCAGCGGCGGUUCGAUUUGUAUACCGAUACGACCACUGCAGCCAACGACAGCCGACACUUCUGUCCCUCAUUCAAAAUGUCCGCCCCCGUCAAGACCGGCAAGAAGACCCGUUCGGCCAUCGCCGACGUGGUUACUCGGGAGUACACCAUCAACAUGCACAAGAGAAUGCACGGUGUUUCCUUCAAGAAGCGUGCUCCUCGUGCUAUCAAGGAGAUCCGCGCUUUCGCUGAGCGUGCUAUGGGCACCACCGACGUCCGUGUCGACCCCCAGCUCAACAAGAAGGUCUGGGAAGCCGGUGUCAAGGGCGUCCCCUACCGUCUCCGUGUCCGCAUCUCCCGUAAGCGUAACGACGAGGAGAACGCCAAGGAGAAGCUCUACUCCUACGUCCAGGCUGUCAACGUCAAGGAGGCCAAGGGUCUCCACACUGCCGUUGUCGACGAGGAGUAA